AUGGCGACGCCUCGCCGGCUCAUCCGGGAGCGCGCCGAGGCGGCGGUGGCUUCCCUCGUGGCAGUCCGCCCCCACGAGAUCCCCCCGUUGAUGAGCGCGGCCGCCACCUUCUUCUUCAUCCUGAGCGCCUACUUCGUGGUGCUGCCGCUGCGGGACGAGGGCGCCAUCUCCCUGGGCCUCGACACCCUCCCGGGCCUCUUCGCCGGCUCCCUCCUCCUCACCGUCGUCUCUGCCCCCAUCGCCUCCCUCGCCUUCUCCCUCCCCUCCAUACCCAAGCCCAAGGCUUUGGUGAUGAUACACAGGUUUUUCAGCAUAUCUCUUCUUGCAUUUUUUUUGCUUUGGUAUACCUCUACACCAGAGCAGUCCAGAUCUACCUCACAGUCAAGUGAAGGAGGUUCAGACAAACCUGCGGGAUGGAGAAAUCAGAGCUGGUUCUACAUAGUUGUGAGAAUAAGUUUGUUUCUUUGGGUUGCUUUGCUAAAUCUCAUUACAAUAUCGUCAACUUGGGCAAGGGUAAUUGAUGUCAUGGACAUUCAGUCAGGUUCAAGAUUAUUUGGUUUUAUUGGGGCUGGUGCUACGCUAGGGCAACUCUUUGGUUCAUUGUUUGCUGCAAGUAUGGCAUGGUUGGGACCAUUUCUGCUCCUAUUUUCCUCACUCUUGAUGGAACUUGCUGCGCUGUCAUCAAAAGGAAUUUGUAUUGAUGGAAAUCAUGCUUCAGCUGAAUUAUGUCAAACAGGGGCAGGACAAGCUCCUAAUACCGUGGCUGAUGAUGAAAUGUCUUCACUGGUCACUUCACCUAGACCAGCGAUCCAAUCUCAAAAAUCUAAACCUGAAUUUUUCAUAAUGUUUGAAGGUUUCUGGCUGAUCUUGCGAUCGCCCUACCUGAUAUACAUAUCGCUGUUUCUUUGGUUAAGUGCAGUUGUCUCAUCUGUAUUUUACUUUCAGAAAGUGACGAUAGUUGCUACUACAAUAUCAAGUCCAACGGCCAGAAGGAGAACGUUUGCUCUGAUAAACAGCUUUAUAGCAGUUUUUAUUCUUGCGGGACAACUCACUUUGACGGGUCAUAUUCUUACAGUAGCUGGUAUCACAGUUGCUAUCUGUGCAUCUCCCUUUGUUGCUGCCUCAAAUUUGGUUGCCCUUGCUGUAUGGCCAACUUGUGUUGCUGUUGCUGUCACUGAAACAAUUAGAAAGGUAACAACUUAUGUUUUGACAAGACCUGGAAGGGAGUUAUUAUUCACUGUUGUCUCACAGGAUGAAAAAUACAAAGCAAAGGUCUGUAUAGAUGUGAUUGUCCAGAGGCUUGGUGAUGCCACAGCCGCUGGAAUUUACAGGUGGUUGUUCAGUAGCCUUGAGAAGAAAACAUCCAAGGUCACCCUGUUUGCAUUGCCGCUCUGCUUCCUGUGGCUUGUCAUUGCAUUUCACUUGGGCCGGCUCCAGACUAAUCUUGCCAGGCUUCAGGCUUCUUCUGCCCCAUCCUAUUCCUGA